AUGGCUCUAAGUGUAGCAGGCUGCAGGGAGAGGGUUUGUGGCCUCAGUGUAGCAGGCUGCAAGGAGAUUUGUGGCCUCAGUGUAGCAGGCUGCAAGGAGAGGGUUUGUGGCCUCAGUGUAGCAGGUUGCAGGGAGAGGGUUUGUGGCCUCAGUGUAGCAGGCUGCAAGGAGGGGGAUUGUGGCCUCAGUGUAGCAGGUUGCAGGGAGAGGGUUUGUGGACACAGUGUAGCAGGUUGCAGGGAGAAGGUUUGUGGCCUCAGUGUAGCAGGCUGCAGGGAGAGGGUUUGUGGCCUCAGUGUAGCAGGCUGCAAGGAGAGGGAUUGUGGCCUCAGUGUAGCAGGCUGCAUGGAGAGGGUUUGUGGCCUCAGUGUAGCAGGUUGCAGGGAGAGGGUUUGUGGCCUCAGUGUAGCAGGUUGCAGGGAGAGGGUUUGUGGCCUCAGUGUAGCAGGCUGCAUGGAGAGGGUGUGUGGCCACAGUGUAGCAGGCUGCAUGGAGAGGGUUUGUGGCCUCAGUGUAGCAGGCUGCAGGGAGAAGGUUUGUGGCCUCAGUGUAGCAGGCUGCAAGGAGAAGGUUUGUGGCCUCAGUGUAGCAGGUUGCAAGGAGAGGGAUUGUGGCCUCAGUGUAGCAGGUUGCAGGGAGAGGGUUUGUGGCCUCAGUGUAGCAGGUUGCAGGGAGAGGGUUUGUGGCCUCAGUGUAGCAGGCUGCAUGGAGAGGGUUUGUGGCCUCCGUGUAGCAGGCUGCAAGGAGAGGGUUUGUGGCCUCAGUGUAGCAGGCUGCAAGGAGGUUUGUGGCCUCAGUGUAGCAGGCUGCAGGGAGAAGGUUUGUGGCCUCAGUGUAGCAGGUUGCAGGGAGAGGGUUUGUGGCCUCAGUGUAGCAGGCUGCAAGGAGAGGGAGAUUGUGGCCUCAGUGUAG